CAUUCUCAUGACCUGUUGCCGAAGAGUCUUCCUCUCCCCACUCUCCCUGUCACUCAUCCAUCCAUCGUCGACGUUCUUCCUCGCCAUCGGUAUAGCGACAUACGACAUCAAACGUAGUCUCUCGAUUGCGCUCUAUCGUCUUUCUUCUAUUUCGGUGGUUUCACAGUUGGCUUUCUUUUUUGUCUUCGCGCAACCUACGAUACGGAACCCAUCGGCACGAUCCGCUUGUUCUCACGCGACCGCCGACUAUCCCCCCUUUCGCUCAAGAUCCUCGCGUAUAACGUAUUAUUGGUCUGCUCUUCAAGGGCGUGAUCUUGGGACGCCUGGCUAACAUUAAGGUCGCUGGUUCAUUGGUUUUGACAAACGUGGUGACUAGAAAGUGAGGUGGAGUUUCAGGGUUGUCUCUCUUCUGGCUUGUUUUAGCCAGCUGUACUCCUUAUUCAUUGCACCCAUUUCUUUUUUUUUUGACCCUAUUACCACUAUUGUUCCCUCAAAGUACAAUCAAAAUUGAUUAUUUCCAUUCACCUUGAGUUGAAAGAGCACGGAAGUGCGAGAAAGAAAACCAACAGAGAAGAAAACAAAGACUUUCAUUGUUUGCAAACGCAAGAACAACCAAACGAUCAAUACUUACAUAGUGCUUUGUGCGACCGGCCCCGACCUGACUUUGGGAUUCUUUUUCGACUUGCGAUAUUUGAAUCUCAACAAACUUUUUGUUAUCACUUGUACUGUGCUUCAUCUGUUCCUGUAGGAAACACCCAGCACGUAUCAGCCAAAAUGACGUCCUCCGUCUUUUUCAAAUUCAAAUCUCAAAAGGAGCCUACUCGAGUCGAGUUUGAUGGCACCGGUAUCUCAGUAUUUGAGCUGAAGCGUGAGAUUAUCACAAAGAGUGGCCUAGGAGAUGGUACCGAUUUUGACCUGCAUAUUUAUACCGAUGAUAACAGCGAAGAAUACGACGAUGAUACGACUAUUAUUCCAAGGUCAACGACAGUCAUUGCCCGACGCCAACCUGCUCUCAAGCCAGGUGCAGGGCGCGCAGCUCGUUAUGUGUCUGGAAAGAUGCCUGUGACAGCCAAGAACGCUGGUCGCAAGGAGCAAGCGGCGAAGGCCUCCUCAUCCAAACCCAGCUCUGAUGCCAUCAGCCAGAUGAACAAUGCUAUGACUGAAGAGGAGAAGAUGGCUGCCAUGUUUGCAGCACAAACCGAACAGUGGUCUGCUCAACAAGAGGAAAUGUCACACCAAACACCCGUGUUCAAAGCUGGUGCGAAGAGACCAGCAAACGUCCCCGACCAUGACCCCCCGAAUGGGUACAUCUGCUACCGAUGCGGUAACAAAGGUCAUUGGAUUCAACUGUGCCCUACUAAUGACGACCCUGAAUUUGACAACCGCCCGCGUGUCAAACGAACCACAGGUAUCCCACGUUCAUUCCUGCAAAAGGUAGACAAGUCUGUUGUCCUUGCGCAAACUGAGGGUGAUGAAUCCAAGCGUCCGUCAGGUAUCAUGGUCAAUGCCGAGGGGGAUUUUGUUAUUGCUGAGCCCGAUAAGGCUUCGUGGGAGCAGUUCCAGGCCAAGGCCAAGUCUUCAUCUACGGCUAACGCACCGCUAGCUGAGAACAAGGAGAUUCAGGAACAGGGCUUGGAGUGUUCGAUUGACAAGAAGAUGUUCAUAGAGCCAAUGAAGACUCCAUGCUGUCAGAAGACCUUUUGUAAUGAUUGCAUAACUAAUGCUCUCAUCGAAAGCGACUUCGUCUGCCCUGCUUGCCAGUCAGAAGGCGUAUUGAUUGAUGACCUUCAGCCAGAUGAAGAAGCUUCUAAGAAGAUUCAAGAGUAUUUGAAGGACAAGGAAACGGCCAAGACUCCCCCGCCCCCGUCGCCCAAGACUUUGGCAGAUGCCAAGUCAGAUGGAGAGAAGCAGGAGAAGUCAACAGAAGAGACUAUCGACAAUAUGGAGCAAAAGCCUGAGAAUGAAUCAAGUGACAAGACUAAGGACUCGCCCGUCAAUGAAAAGCCAAAGUCGCCGGUGUCUCAAACUGCAACUGUCAACUCACCUCCCGCGGGUCCUAAGAACCUUGUAUCCGCGUCUCAAGAUACGAACAAACAACUAGAUAAUCUCAAACCGGCAGAUACCAGCUCCAAGAAACGGCCCGCAGAUGAUAUUCUUGACAACCCAAGGAUUCCCAAGGGUCCUAAGGCCAUGCAGAACCAGCAGAACCAACAGAAUAUGGUGAACGGCAUGGGCAUGAAUGGGAUGGGCAUGAACAUGGGCAUGAAUAAUAUGAUGUUCAACGGAAUGCCCAUGAUGCCCAACAUGAUGGGCAUGCCAAACAUGGGUAAUAUGAAUAUGGGCAUGCCAAAUAUGAAUAUGAUGGGAAUGCCUAACAUGAUGGGAAUGCCCGGGUUCCCUGGCAUGAAUGGCGGAUUCGGUGGCAUGCCUGGUUGGGACAUGGGCAUGAACGGAAUGAAUGGCAUGAAUGGCAUGAACGGCAUGGGUAGCAUGAAUGGAGGAAUGAACGGCUUUCAAAACGGCAACUUUGGACAGGGUGCUGGCGCGGACGAAGACGCCUACUUUCGUAAGCCAGUUAACCCUCAUCGACACCAGAACAAACAGCGAAGAGUGCGACCAAGCGACUACCGAGAGCUCUGAACAUCGAUUCGACUAUCAUUCCUUCUUCUAGCGAUUGCUUCUCCUUUGUUUGUCUCAUUUAUCACAAUACUGGUCGCCACUAAAACUACAUCGUAUAAGUGUGGCCACAUACUUUUUCAGGCUGUCGCAUUUUGGAUUGGGACUCUAGGCUCAUCAUGAUUUGCUUGAUUUUUCAGUAUACUUACCGUCAGGCUGAACUGACCGGCGUUGGGGUAUGGCCUCCGAGGAUUCUUUAUGGCAGGUUUUCAUGUCUACGUAGGUACGGCCAAGGGUUGGGGAAACGGUGCAUUACUUAACAAGACCUUGAAUCAAGUCGAGGUCAAACAAUGAAUAAACAAACAAAUGAACGAUAACUCAGAAUCGUUGGGUACUUCUUUUUUGUGAUUGAAUGUGUUUGCAUCUCAAUUCUAGCGUGUAUUAUCGUAAGCCAUCAAUCAAUUAUUUCACAACUCCGCGCCACCGGUGCUCUUUUAUAUGUGACACUAUCUAAUAUCCGUUCUCUCGUAUUCCAUAUCACGGUCUAUGUCUCGCUCUUAAUACCAGCCUUACUCAGGAGGAACAUAGGGCGUAACAAGCAUUUCGCUAAACUUCUCAAGCUUCUCCUUUCCUCGUACCUCCUCAACAAGGAGAGGCAUCUUGACGACAUUGAAGUCCUCAGCAUAUAGUUCUUCAUACUGGUCAAGAUACUUGCGCUGCAUCUUGCGACGGGCGUUGCACUGAUCGCAAUCGCUAGCCUUCUUGGGGAAGAGCAGCUGGUUGACAACGAUGGAGUGGGUAUCGAUACCAUAACCAGCAAGCUCCUGAAUCAUACGCUCCGUCUCGUAGAGACUCAGAAACUCUGCAAUGCACACACAAACAAAUGUGGUGAGUUCGGCGUCCUGGAACUGAGUGUUGACCUCGCCGAUGGUCUCUCGCAAGGAUUCAAGUUUCUGAAUCAUGUCAUUGAGGUUCUGUCCGUUGGGUAGCUGGCCUCCGGAGCCAAGGAAUCCGUUGAGGAGAGGACCAUACUGUGACGACAGCUGAGAAACCUUUGCGAGAGCCUUCUCGAGAACGGUGGGAAACUGAAGGAAGCGCAGGGUGUGGCCUGUCGGGGCUGUGUCGAAGACGAUGGUCUCGUAUGAGAGGGAUUUGACUUGCUUGAGGACUUCGGCAAAGGACAUAGCCUCGUCGAUACCAGGGAUCUAAGAAUGUCAGCUUGACAACGGGACAAACAUUCCGCCUCAACCUACUGCGAAUGCCAGAUCCUGCAUCAUGCCUCCCAGAGGGCCACCAGCCGCAGCGUUGACAUCAUCGGCCUCGCCCUGGCCUGCUAACAUAUCCUGAAUACUACCAUUCGGGUCGAUCUCCAUCGCACUCAGGUUGUCAAACCCAUUGACAAGGCGGGCCUCUUUGCCAAACUUCUGAGAGAAAGCAUCUGAAAGGUUGUGGGCGGGAUCGGUCGAGAUGAGAAGAACAGAGCGUCGGACCUUGGCGAGCUGAAUCGCGAGGGAGCAGGAAGUCGUGGUCUUGCCGACACCACCCUUGCCACCGACAAAGAUCCAACGAAGGCUUCGCUGGUCCAGGAGAGACUGCAGAGAGGGCUCAAGGGCAUCCUCGGCGGAGAUGACUGCGGUGGACAUUUUGGGCGAACUAUGCGAUGAGGCUGCAGAGUACAAUUUUUAAGUUGGGGUUAAGGAAACAAGCGAUAAGGGGCCGUUUACCUACCUUACCUGCUGGCGGUAGGCUAGAGUAGAGAGAUAAAUUGUCCAGGGCAGAAUCAGGAUUUGUGUCCUGUAUGUUCUAGAAGGUCU